AUGUGUGACAUGGGGGGAUUGGAUAACCUGGUGGCCAACACGGCCUACCUGAAAGCGCAGGGUGGCGACGACAAGGAGAUGAAAAAGCGUCGCCGAAGUCUGUCACUGCCUAAGGCCGAGCAGUGUGCCGCCAUCAGGGAAACUGUGGAUAAGAACUUUGAGUCGCUCUGCGAGAGGCAGCCGAUCGGCAAGAAGUUCUUCCGGCAGUUCCUGACUGCUACCCCAGAGUACAUCAAUGCCGCUGAGUUCCUGGACGAGCUGAAUGACUGGGAUCUGGCGGAAGGCGCUGACAAGGACAAGCAGAGGAUAAACAUGAUAAACAAGUUCUGCAAGGACGCCUCCAAGAACUUCCUGACCUACCUCACUGCGGAAGUAGCCGACAAGUGCAAGGCAGUGACGGACAAUGACUUUGAUGAAGUGAUCAAUGUUAAGGUGAAGGAAGCCACACGGGAGUUUCUGAAAGGCAAACCCUUCACGGAUUACCAAACUAGCCCCUUCUUUGACAAAUUUCUGCAGUGGAAGGAGUACGAGAAGCAGCCCAUCACUGAUAAAACCUUCUACGAGUUCAGAACUCUGGGCAAGGGAGGUUUCGGAGAGGUAUGUGCCGUACAGGUGAAAAACACAGGCCAGAUGUACGCCUCCAAGAAGCUGUGCAAGAAACGCCUGAAGAAGAAACAUGGUGAGAAGAUGGCCCUGCUGGAGAAGCAGAUCCUGGAAAAGGUCAACAGCCUGUUCCUUGUCAACCUGGCCUACGCCUACGACACCAAGACCCAUCUGUGCCUUGUCAUGACUCUGAUGAACGGCGGUGACCUCAGGUACCACAUCUAUUACGUCAGUGAGAAGACCAAGGGUAUCGAGAUGCCACGUAUCAUAUACUACACAGCACAGAUCUGCACAGGCAUCCUUCAUCUGCAUGAAAUGGAUAUCAUAUACCGUGACAUGAAGCCAGAGAACGUGCUGCUGGACAGCUUUGGCCAGUGCCGACUCUCUGAUCUGGGUUUGGCCGUGGAGCUGCCCGCCGGAAAGACCAUCUCCCAGAAGGCUGGAACCGGAGCGUACAUGGCCCCUGAGAUCCUACAGGAUGUUCCCUAUAGGACGUCCGUGGACUGGUGGGCCCUGGGCUGCAGCAUCUACGAGAUGGUGGCCGCCUACACCCCAUUCAAGGGUCCCGAAUCCGGGAAGCAGAAGGUGGAGAAGGAGGAGGUGCAGCGUCGCAUCAUCAAUGAUGAACCCCCAUGGGAGCACAAGAACUUUGAUGCGCCCACCAAGGCCAUCAUCCAGGAGUUCCUCAAGAAGAAGACUGAUGAACGCCUGGGCUGCAAGGGAGGAGGCGAGGAUCCCCGAAAACACGAGUGGUUCAAGGCCAUCAACUUCCCUCGUCUGGAGGCUGGUUUGAUCGACCCCCCUUGGGUGCCCAAGCCCAACGUGGUGUACGCCAAAGACACUGGCGACAUUGCUGAGUUCUCUGAGAUCAAGGGCAUUGUGUUCGAUGCCAACGAUGAGAAGUUCUUCAAGGAGAUUGGCACGGGAGCCGUGGCCAUUCCAUGGCAACAGGAGAUGAUCGAAACGGGACUGUUUGACGAGCUCAAUGACCCCAACAGGAAAGAGUGCGCUGGGGGGGGUGACGACGAGGGAAAGUCUGGCACAUGCACACUGCUGUGA